AUGAAGUCCAUGUUGCUAUCACUUCUCAAGCCAGCCUCUAGCAUUUCGCCUUGUUUUUCCGAUGGCGAGGAUGAAGAUCCGAUCCGAAAUCAGGAAACUCCGAUAUCGUUAAAUGUUUCGACGUUUGAAGCGCCUGAAGAGGCAAUUUCAAUUUUAAAUUCGCCAGAAACCCCUGAGAAGCACGAUGAAAAUGUGAACGUGACGUUCCCACAAAUAGACAAGGAAGCAUCCAGUCCAGAAGAAGAUAAUGAGCUGCUUAUAUUGAGAUUACCUGAUGAGGAUGAACCUGGGUUGGUUUAUAAUUCUUCCAAGUCCCAUGAGCAUUUAGAAAGCAAAGUAGUAGGGGCUUCCUUUAAGGAAGGCGAAAUUGCACAGCUGGAUCGUAUUUUUCCUUUCCCUUUUGAAAGCACCUUUUCGGAGGAAAAAUAUUUUGUUUAUCAAAAUGGGGCGGAAUGUAUUUUAUCCGAUGCAAUCCAAAAUUCAUCCAGACUUUAUUCUCAUUUUAUUUGCUGGUGGUCGUCGUUGGAGGAUUGUAAAGGCGGUGUAUUUGAGGAGAUGCUGAAAAAGUGGUCAGAAGACUUUCCAUUUCUUUUUGUGCAGGCUUUAAAGGCUUCUGGGCUGCUAUUGUAUUCGAUUAACAGUGUUACUGUCAGUGAGUAUGAAGAUUUUAUCCACAUGAUCGUUCAAGAUAUGGACUCUUCUGACUGUAUCCGUAUACGGAUGGGGAUAAUCAAGUCGCUGCCGCUUGCAGAGAUUUUUUUGCCGCCAAAUGAGAUUUUAAACGCCAUCAUUGGUACCGGUUUAUGUGUUAUCAUUUUCGUUGUAGAGUCCUCCUUUUCGCGCUGGGAAUCAUACGAGCAAAUCUUCUUUUGGAAGCUGCUGCUUUCCGCUUGCUUUAAGCUGGGAAGUAAGCAUUCGUACAGAAUUCUCACGAUCUGUCACAAGCUUCUUCAGCAAUCGAAAGAAAUUUGCAAAGACACAUCUGAAUUCAUGGAUGGAAUCCUUUUUUUGAUAAUAGAUUUGUGUAAAGGCGAACAGCGCGCAGACAUUUUAUUUUCAACCCCUUUUAUUGAUGGCGACAAGUCCUUAUACAUUGCGUCGUUAAUUGAAGCAAUUAUGCCCUUCACUGCUGCAGAACAAUAA